GUGAUGAAUGAAACAGGAUUAAAAUUGUGUAGGUAUUACUGUGAUAAAACUGUUAAGUUACGAUUAAAAAAAACAUUUUAGUUAAGUAAAAAAACAAAAUGACUGUAACAUAUACUGGUGAAGUUGCAACUUGUCGUGGAUUUGGGACCUUUUUGAAACUUUUAUAUAGAUGGAGAGGAAGCAUUUACAAGUUGGUGUGGCUGGAUCUCCUGUGUUUUCUACUUUUUUACUACAUUUUAAAUUUGACUUAUCGUUUGCUGCUCGAUGAGCAUUCAAAAAGGCUAUUCGAAGGCGUGGUGAACUACUGCAGCUACCACGGCAAUGUGAUCCCGUUGUCGUUUGUGCUGGGUUUCUACGUCACGGUGGUCAUGAACCGCUGGUGGAGCCAGUACACCUCCAUACCGUGGCCUGAUUCCAUCGCCGUGUUCGUCUCCGCCACCGUCCAUGGACAGGACGAGCGCGGGCGGCUGAUGCGCCGCACGAUCGUGCGCUACGUGUGCCUCUGCCUCACCAUGGUGCUCAGCAUGAUCUCACCCCGCGUCAAGAAACGGUUCCCCACGCUAGACAACUUCGUCGAGGCCGGCCUGCUCCUCGAAAAUGAGAAGAUCAUCAUGGAAAACCUUAACGAGAAAUUUCCUAAGCCUUCAAAACAUUGGAUGCCCAUAGUGUGGGCCGCCAGCAUAGUGACGAGAGCCCGAAAAGAGGGCCGAGUACGGGAUGACUUCGCCGUCAAAACUAUUUUAGACGAACUCAACAAGUUCAGAGGACAGGCUGGAUUAUUGCUCAGCUACGACACUAUUAGUGUACCUCUUGUAUAUACUCAGGUAGUUACCAUUGCCGUAUACUCAUACUUUAUUACAUCUGCCUUGGGCAGUCAGUGGGUCGACAACAAAAUACACGUUUCUGGGGACGAUCGUAUUGUUAAUAUAGACCUUUAUUUUCCUAUAUUCAGUACGCUAGAGUUCUUCUUUUAUAUGGGCUGGCUAAAAGUGGCCGAGUCUCUGAUAAACCCCUUCGGUGAAGACGACGAUGACUUCGAAGUGAACUGGUUGAUAGACAGAGAUUUGCAGGUUUCAUACAUGAUUGUGGACGAAAUGCACCACGAGCACCCGGAGCUGAUCAAGGACCAGUAUUGGGACGAGGUGUUCCCGUCCGAGCUGCCGUACACGCUGGCCACGGAGAACGCUCGCGAGGAGCACCCCGAGCCGUCGACGGCGCGCGUGGCCGUGCCGCCGCGCCAGCGCAGCAUGGUCACCAUCGCGCCCUCCGCAGUCAAGAUGGACGAGAUGGUCCCCUCGCACACCGUGAGUUACAAGUUCGCCCCGCCCGAGCAACUUCAUAUGAACGACGAUGCCCAAUCGGGUAUCCACUUCAUGGUCGGGUCCCGGGGUAGCAAGCGUGGGAAGAAGGAGGACAGGAACUCGAUGGGUCUGGGCUCCAGCAACUCCAUGGCGUCGCUGCAGCAUACCCCCAUCACGCGGACCAACUCGGUCACCUCCAUGCUGAAGCGACUCUUCUCGAAGGAGGACCAGCGACAGACGCUGGUACCGAACCAAGUGCAGACCGACGGAGUGGGGCGGUUUACGAUAUCAGCCAGCAACCCGACGCUGAACAAGCCGGCGCCGGGCGGCGGCAGCAUGAAGAUCGCCAACGAGGUCAUCGAGGAGGUGGACGAGCAGGCGACCAUCACCAGCAUGGCCAAACGGCCAGAGAACAGACCGACAGCGCAGAGCGUGUUCGCACAGGGGCCGCCGCCCCCCAGCGAGCCGGUCGACGUGCCCUCCAGGAACUCCUACCUUAAAAUCAACGGGCAGCUGUCGUCGUCGGCGCCGACGCAGUGUGCGGCGCCGGCGAGCCCGGCCGCCACGCUGUCCACGCAGCCGUCCUUCGUGUCGGAGCCCGAGCCGCGCCUGCGCCUCGACAGCGACGUGGGGCCCUCGCUCAGCGCCGCCGGCAGUCAGACCUUAUUGGACGAGACGGACGGCGACGAUGGCGACUCGUUCGACCGGCUGCGUGUGGCGCGCGAGGCGGCGCGGCGCGACAAGUAUCUGCAGAAGAUGCUCGCGCGGUCCGUCAGCGCGCAGCAGCCAGUUGGUAGUAUAGAAAUACUAGACAACGAAAUUUUACUCGUCGAACUAAUGGAUGCGCAAGCAGCUCUAAACAGCCAGCAAGAAAACAAACACUCCAUAGAGGAAACCACCUGACAAAGCAAAAGUUCUAUAUUCCAGUGGGAUUGAUUUUAUUCUUCGCACAAUUUCAGUAUUAUUAUUGUGAUACUUUUAAUUACGGCUAUUUGUAUUAUUUGGAAUCAUGUCAAUCUGAUUGAUGUAAAUAUUGUAUUAAGAGAAACUUAUUUU